AUGGCAUCUCUCUUUUCUGAUUUUGGCUUUAUGUGGUACUGGAAAGAGCUAAACAAGGUGGAAUUCAUGAAGUUUAAGGAAUUACUCAUACUUGAGAUUCUGCAAAUGGGGCUAAAACAGAUUUCUUGGACUGAAGUAAAGAAUGCAUCUCGGGAAGAUCUUGCCAUCUUACUGGUGAAAUAUUGUGAGGGGAAGCAAGCCUGGGACACAACCUUCAAAGUUCUCCAGAAAAUCAGUAGACAUGAUCUCACUGAGAGGGCAACAGGGGAGAUUGCUGCACACGCAAAUAUAUAUCGAGCUCAUUUAAAGAAGAAGCUGACCCGUGAUUGUUCUAGAAAGUUCAGCAUUAGUAUUCAGAAUUUCUUCCAGGAUGAAUAUGAUCAUCUUGAGAACCUUCUCAUACCAAAGGUAACUGAAGAAAAGCCACAACUGGUGUUCCUGAAAGGUAUAGCUGGAAUUGGCAAGACUAUUCUGUUGAAAAAUUUAAUGAUUGUCUGGUCAGAAGGCCUUGUGUUUCAGAACAAAUUCUCCUAUAUCUUCUACUUCUGUUGUCAAGAUGUGAAGCAAUUGAAGACCACAAGCCUGACUGAACUGAUCUCCAGAGAGUGGCCCAGUUCCUCAGCUCCCAUAGAGGAGAUCCUAUCCCAACCUGAAAAGCUCUUAUUUAUCAUUGACAGUUUAGAAGGGAUGGAAUGGGAUUUUACCAAACAGGAAUCAGAACUGUGUGACAAUUGCUUAGAGAAGCAGCCAGUGAAUGUAUUGCUGAGCAGUUUGCUCAAGAAGAAGAUACUCCCUGAAUCAUCUCUUCUUAUCUCAGCUACUUUUGAGACUUUUGAGGAAUUGAAGGACUGGAUUGAGUACACAAAUGUGAGAACAAUAACUGGAUUCAAGGAAAGCAAUAUUAAGAUGUAUUUCCAUAGCUUGUUCCAAGAUAGGAACAGAGCCUUGGAGGCCUUCAGUUUUGUAAGAGAAAAUGAGCAGCUGUUCACUUUAUGUCAGGCCCCUGUGAUCUGCUGCAUGGUAGCUACUUGUCUUAAGAAUGAGAUAGAGAAGGGGAAAGAUCCAGUCUCUAUCUGUCGACGUACCACCUCUCUGUACACCACUCACAUCUUCAAUUUGUUCAUUCCUCCAAAUGUCCAAUACCCAAGUAAGAAAAGCCAAGACCAACUACAGGGCUUGUGUUUUCUAGCAGUGGAGGGCAUGUGGACUGACAUAUCUGUGUUUAGUGAGGAGACUCUGAGGAGAAAUGGAAUCCUGGACUCUGACAUCCCUACAUUGUUGGACAUUGGAAUUCUUGAACAGAGCAGGGAGUCUCAAAAUUCUUACAUAUUCUUCCACCCGUCUGUCCAGGAGUUCUGUGCUGCCAUGUUUUAUCUGCUACAGACCCACAUGAACCACCCUAGUCCGGAUGUUCUCCAUGUAGAAAAACUAUUGUUUUCUUUUCUAAAGGAGGUCAAUACACAGUGGAUUUUUUUGGGUCGUUUCAUAUUUGGCCUUUUGAAUGAAUUGGAACAUGAAAAACUGGAAGCAUUUUUUGGCUACCAGUUGUCUCAGCAACUAAAACAAGAAUUGUUUGAGUGGCUGGAACUUCUGUUGGACCCUGAAGUUAAAGUAAAUACAAUGAAGUUCUUUUACUGUCUGUUUGAGAUGGAAGAGGAAGUCUUCGUACAGUCAGCAAUGAACUGUAGGGAAGAGAUUGACGUUGUGGCUAAGGAUUAUUAUGAUUUUAUCGUUGCUGCCUACUGCUUAAACCAUGGUUCUGCACUGAGAGACUUAUCUAUUUCAACCCAAAAUGUCCUAAAUGAAAAGCUGAAUCAGAGAUAUAUGGAAAAUCUACUCAUGCUUUGGCAUAAUAUAUGCUCUGUGUUUGCAAGGAAUAAGGACAUUCACAUCCUCCAAAUGAAAGACACUAUUUUCAAUGAGCCAGUUUUUCAAAUCUUAUAUAAUUAUCUAAAGAACUCCAGCUGUAUCCUUGAAGUACUUGUGGCAAAUGAUGUGUCCUUUUUAUGCGAUAAGUACCUAUUUUUUGAUUUGAUUCAAAGCUACAAUUUGGAACUCUUGGACCUCAGCGGCACAUUCCUCUCCCAUAGUGAUGUGGUAAUAUUGUGUAAUAUCUUGAACAAGGCAGAGUACAAAAUACAAGAACUCGAGUUAGCCAACUGUUCCCUCAGUGAGCAAUCUUGGAAAUACAUUUCUGAUGUUCUUUGUCAGAACAAAACCCUGAGACACCUAGACAUCAGCUCCAAUGACCUGAAGGAUGAAGGACUGAAAGUUCUCUGUAAGGCUCUCACUCUCCCAGACAGUGUACUGUUAACACUAAGUGUGAAAGCUUGUUUCAUCACCACUGUAGGCUGCCAGUACCUGGCUGAAGUCCUCAGGAACAACCAUAAACUGAUGUUCCUAACACUUUCAGAGAAUAAGCUAGAAGACUCUGGUGUGAAGCUCCUGUGUGAUGCUAUAAAACAUCCCAGAUGCCAAUUAGCUCAACUCGACUUGGAAGCCUGUGAACUUACUGGUGCCUGUUGUGAGGAUCUUGCUUCUACUUUUACCCAGUGUAAAACCUUGGGUUGGAUCAAUCUGGUGAAGAACGCUUUGGACUUCAAUGGAUUGGUUGUGCUAUGCAAGGCUCUGAAACAGAAAACCUCUAACCUGAAAGAACUAAGACUGCGAAUAACUGACUUUGAUAACAAAUCCCAGACAUUUCUACUUUCUGAGGAAAAGGGAAAUAAAUUCUUGAAUAUCGAAAAUGAUGAGUAA